CCUUUCUCCCUCAUCUCCUUGGCCCCACUUGCGCCGGUCGCCAGGAUGGAUCCCACCCGCGACUUCUACUCCUUCAUUAAGCUCACCGACCUCCCCGGAAAUGUCACCCUGAACCUCCGAAUCGCCUCUUUGCAAGGCAACGUCGAACGCUCGCGCCCCCUCGACCUGCUCGAGCAUCCCGAGAAGAGACAAUGGGGCAUCAACGUAGAGGAAUUUCCGCCCUUUUACCUCGUUGUCAGGCUCUACUCGAACAACAAGCCGUUGACGCCACCGCAGCGCACGCCCUUUAAGGCCUUCAAAAAGGCGUGGGUGUGGAAUCAGACUGUGGAUCUGGGAUUUCCAUUGAGGGAUUUGCCCCUGGAUGCUCAGCUCGGGGUGACGAUUUGGGAUGCGGGCCGUGCGACGAGCGAGGGAAGCAGUCGCGAUGGAGCAUGUCAGGACCGCAUCGUCGGCGGCACCACGUUGCGGCUCUUUGGCAGCAAGGGUACGCUCAAGAAGGCGCAGCAGAGAUGUCAUGUUCACUUAGGCGUCCAGGCAGAUGGUAGCGUCAACAGCUCGACUGAUUCAAAGGCGUCGACGGAUGAUGGGUCAGAGAUGACAAGGCUAGAGAAACUGAUCAAACGACACGAACGCCUAGACAUCCCGCACCUCAAGUGGCUUGACAAGCAGACAUACCGCGUAAUCGAAGGCAUCCACACCAAGGAGACUGAGACGCUCACCAAUCGUCUUUGGCUCUAUCUGGACCUGCCGCGCUUCGAAUGGCCUGUGGUCUGGUGCGAAGAAGAGGUCGCAACAGCUCGAUCAGACCAUCGCGGCUUCGGUGGGCCUGAGAUCUCGACGCACCUCGCUAGCGCCGUCAACUCUACGACGGGGCCGCAGGCGCAACCUUCAACUUCCACAAGCGGCGUGAGUGCGCAAGGCUCCCUCGUUCGCCCACAGGCCGCCGCCCCGCUUCUCGAUCGCAGUCUCUUCACGCUCCCUGACCCUGAGUCACAACGCGAAAAUCCCAUCGAGGCCAAACAUCGUCGCCUAGUACGAGCGCAGCGGUCUCGACGCCAAGCAGGUGGGGCAGGCGGCGGAGUGGCAGGCGGGCUAGCCAACCUCACCAUCGCUCGCAACCUCAAGCCAGACAAGAAGGCGCGUGAUGAGAUCGAGGCCAUUCUUGCUAGCCCUCCCACCAAGGAGCUCAGCGACAAGGAAUCAGACCUGCUAUGGACGUAUCGCUUCUACCUGACCAAGACGCCGCGCGGCUUGACCAAAUUCCUGAAAGCGGUAAGCUGGAAUGAUCAGGUCGAGAGCCGCAUGGCUGUUGAUCAGGUGCUGCCCCUUUGGGCUGGUGAGGCGGGGACGCUCGGUGCGGUGGGGAUCGGAGAUGUACUAGAGUUGCUGGGCCCUUCUUGCCGGAUGAUGCACAAGGCUGUGCGGAGGUGGGCGGUGGACAGAUUGGCGGAGCGCGAUGACGAGGAGCUGGGUCUCUACCUGCUGCAAUUGGUUCAGGCGUUGAAGCUAGAUGAGAGGGAGGGAGAAGGCGACGAGGCUGCGUCGACGACGACGACGACCGCGGCACAGAGCAAAAAGAAGGAUGCCGUUGGAGCAAGAGCAACAUCAUCGAGUGGCGCCUCGCUGGGCCCUUUGACGGAUCUUCUCGUAUCACGCUCGCUCGCCUCUCCGACUUCCCUCCUCUUCACCUUCUGGUGGUAUCUCAGCGUCGAAUGUUCUGACGACAGGUGGGGAUCCCUCUACAAGCGCAUCCGACGUCGCCUUGAGCGCAGCCUCGACGCGAACACACUGGGGAUCAUCAGACGACAGGAGAAGAUGGUCGCCAAGCUCGGUGAGACGGCGCGGGCGCUCAGGGCUAGCAAAGAUGCGAGGCCAAAGAAGAUUGAUAAAUUGAGAGAGACACUGAAGGAUCAAGGGGCAGUAGGUCUGGGAGCGGUAGGCGACGAAGCGGGCGAGAUGGCCUUGCUCCCACUGCCUCUCGAUCCGAGCGUGCUCGCCCGUCGUGUCAUUCCGGAGAAGUGUUCAGUCUUCAAGUCGAACCUCUACCCUUUGCUCGUCCACUACCAGACGGAGCCGAACGGAGAAGACUCCAUGGAAGGACCGGGCGACUAUGCUCUCAUCUUCAAGUCAGGGGACGAUCUUCGACAAGACCAGCUGGUCCUACAACUCUUCCAACUCAUGGAUCGUCUCCUCCUCAACGAGAAUCUAGACCUCAAGAUGACGCCAUACCGUGUUCUCGCCACUUCAGCGCGCGAAGGGAUGGUGCAGUUUGUUCCCAGUCGUACCCUCGCCAAUAUCGUGGGCGAGUACGGAUCGCUUGCCGCCUACCUCAAGCUCGACGCUGCGGGCAACGAGGCGACGGACGUGAUGGACACCUUUGUCCGCUCCUGUGCGGGAUACUGCGUGGUUACCUACUUGCUCGGCGUAGGGGAUCGCCACCUAGACAAUCUUCUUCUCACCCCGACGGGUCGAUUCUUCCACGUCGACUUUGGAUACAUCUUGAAUCGCGACCCGAAACCUUUCCCUCCCCCGGUCAAGGUCUCGAAGGAAAUGGUCGACUGCAUGGGCGGAACGACCUCCACGCAUUAUGCUCGUUUCAGGCAGUUGUGCUUCACUGCAUUCAGCAUCCUCAGGAAGAAUUCGGGUCUGAUCCUGAACUUGAUCGGAUUGAUGGUCGACGCGAAUGUGGGCGAUAUCAAGGUGGAGCCGGACAGGGCUGUGGCGAAGGUCCUCGAGAAAUUCCGCCUCGACCUUACCGAGAGCGAAGCGCGGGAGUACUUCGAUGAGCUCUUGCAACAGAGCAGCUAUCUGACCGUCGUGUUUGAUCGAUUGCACGAUGCGGCGCAGUUCUUCCGCUCGUAG